AUGGUGUCAUUUCGAGUUUCAGAAGAUUUUGGGAAGAAGCCUCUACAAUAUGUUUUAGGUUUGGCUUCAUCUUUAUCGUUCGAGCGAGAUUUGAUAGGAGUACAUUUUAACCCAGCAGCAGCUCCUCUUCCUAGUUUAAUUCGUCAAUACAGGGAGAACUAUCCCAGCGAAUUCAAGAAUCUAGAUGAUGAGAUAUGGAGGCAUUACGAAUUAAACAGACAGACCGAGGAAGUCUACCAAUGGAAAAUGGAAGUGCGAAAUAUUCUCUUAACAGAGUUUCGACCGGCAUUCCCCUAUCAGGCCAUAGAGUUGUUCGCUGUAGGAUCGACAGUUAAUGGUUGUGGAAGUUAUAAUUCAGAUAUGGAUUUAUGUCUAUGCAUACCAAUGGGUCCUGAAAAUCUCUAUUCUUCGGAAAGAAUGUAA